AUAAAUGUCACAUGGCUUCAAAACAACAGAUUCAUCAGGUGAGAGCUUUUUUCUCAAACUCUCAUUUCUCUCUCUCACAUGCUUCUCGCAACUCUAAUCAUAAAUGAAUAACGCACACUAUGCCAAAGAAACAGCUGUUUUACGCAAACCACAGUAAGAGGAUGUCAAAAAUGUUCAUUCAUUCGAAUAGAAGUGCUAUUAGCAUCGUAAGAUAAGUGAACGGUAUCAGUCGUUUUUGUGGAAUAUUCUGAAUCAAGAAGAAUAGCAAUGCAUCAGUUAUUGUUACGCGUGUGUUUAAACAAUUAAUGCGAUUUGGGUCUAGCUGUAAAAAAUAGUGACUUUACAGCGCCAGACUACGUUAUGUGGGCAAAUCGCUUACAUUUGGCCACCUCAACACGAUUCGAUGGCGUGAUGAGCAGCCGAUUCGCGCGAUUGGUCCGACGAAUGGGUUCGCUUCGCAGAAUCUUCACUAUAUUUAUAAUUUUCAUCACAAUUAGCGAGCUUGGUUUGCUGCCUCAAGUUGUUAAAAGAGGCUACUACUGUGAUGAUCGAUCAAUCCAACGACCCUUUACUGGAGAUACAGUUUCCGCAUGUGUGAUUAGUCUUAGUGGAUUCGUGCCUCUAUUUUUGAUAUGGCUAACGGAGGCAAUAUUUUACUCUCCAACCAUUACCGAAUACACGGAAACUGAUGUUUCAAGCUCACGAUGCUCACAGUCAUUCCACGAAGCGUGGCACUGGGGUAGAAAAUAUGGCCGAGGAUUGUUCAUCAAACUGCUGAUUGUGGAUGCACUAAAGAUCUUCUCCGGCGAACACAGACCGCACUUUCUCGACACAUGUAGACCUGAUGUGCAUUGUGAAGGAAAUGAAUUCAUUUCCACAUACAUGUGCACCAAUCCCGAAGAGACACAGUACUUUAUACGAGAUGCAAGUAAAUCCUUCCCAUCUGGCCACGCAUCCAUCAGUGUGUACGAAGUGAUAUUUAUGGUUUGGUACCUGCUACGACGCGUGCCAAAGGUGCGAUCUCACAUGGCACUUCCCCUUUGCUACACUGCGUUGGGUUUGUGGGGUAUAUUUUGCCCAUUGUCCAGGAUAAUGGACAAUCGUCACCACUGGUGGGAUGUGCUAGCUGGAUCAAUCAUUGGAGUGAUAGCUGCGGGUUUUACAUGUAUCUUUGAUUGUCAAAACUUCGAUAGGACCAAGCAAGGCUCUAGUGUUACAACUUAUAAGGAGCACGAUAUUAAACUGAUACCAAGCAUUACACACUAUCAGGAGGGUAACAAUCUUAAUAACAUUGUCAAUUCAUCCUAACGACUUGGCAGCAAAUGUGGAUAACGAUGGCGUGGAACAUUCCUAAUAGGAACAGUAUUAGUUUAAAUAUUGCAAAAGCAUGUACAAAUUUACAUGUUCACUUUGCCAACAAAUCUAUUGCAUUUUAACAGUAUAUACGUAUAGGUAGCACAUUUUAAAAUAGAUUUAUUUAAGAAAUUGUGAUAAUGUAACGUUAACCAACGAAGAUUUCCAUACCAUUCAUAUACAAGUAGUACAAUGCUCUCAUGUAUCACUCCCACUCUAAUGAGUAAAAGCAACACUAUAAAAUAAGAAUAAAAUAAAUAGAUGGCAUAUCACCGCCACGCAAGGUGUGUAAUGUAAAACCAACGCUUA